GGCGUAUGAUACAAACAACGGGGCAGCUCUAGCUUUGGUUCAGUAUCAGUGCAGCCGCGGUAGACGCCGCGCGUCCCCUCCCGCUACGCACGGUCUAUGUGAUAUCAUUUCCUAUCUCAUAUCCAGACAUAUUUAUCCAGCAUGUCAGAAGCGAAGCCCCAGGACGCCGUGGAGCAGGUGACGCAGGAGGUGAAGGCCGUCAAGCUCGAGAACGGCUCCGCGCCGGGCGCCACCUACGGCAAGUCUGAAGACAACGCCGUCUCGUUUAAGGACGCCUUCAAAGCCUUCUCAAAAUUCGGCGACCCGAAGUCAGACGGCAAGCACAUCACGCUCUCCCAGAGCGACAAAUGGAUGAAACAGGCCAAGGUCAUCGACGGCAAGAAGAUCACUACCACAGACACCGCCAUUCACUUCAAGAAGCUGAAGAGUAUGAAACUCGCUGAGGCGGAUUACUUGAAGUUUCUGGAAGACUUGGCGAAGAGCAAGAAGGUUGAGCUUGAUGAGAUUAAGAAGAAGUUGACGACGUGUGGGCAGCCAGGGUUGACUUCACAUGUGGCAAAGUCCCCCGCCGCCGCGGCCGCAGUGGAGCGGCUCACGGACACCAGCAAGUACACGGGCUCGCACAAGCAGCGGUUCGACGAGACCGGCAAGGGCAAGGGCAUCGCCGGCCGCAAGGAGCUCGUCGACGGCUCCGGCUACGUCAGCGGCUACCAGCACAAGGACACGUAUGACAAGUCGCAUUAGCUUUAAACACGUGUAGCAGGGCCUUAAGACCUUUUAAGCACUGUUGACUAGUCGCCGGAGAGUUGGCGGAGUUGGUCUCGCAACUAGGGACGAAGUCAAGCCGAGCGCAGUGUUUCUGAUAGCUGACAAUGCGUAAACGACUAUAUGUAGCGUUCCAUCCCAUGUUCGGUAUACUUGAAGCAUAAAAGGACCCUUUUGUAUGGAAAGCCACAUAUACGUAGUACAGGGUCACAGUUACUGUCCGCCAGUCGACAGAGCUAUCUCUUAGUCACAGAUUUUGUCUGAGGGGUCUUAAUAAUGGACCUACUAAUCGGUCCUGUAAACAAAAAUGAACCAUAAAUAAAAACACCGGGAGUAGAAAUAAUUUUACUCACCGUAGGACAAUAUCAAUGCGCAUAUAGGGACGGAUCCUUGGAAGUAGAACACUCACUAAUAUGUAAAAGAUGUGUGAAAGAGGCCAGAUCUCACACUUGGGACGAAUAUAAUAACGAACUAUCACAUUCUUGGCUCAAAGUCCACUCGCGACUUCACCAGGCCCUGUAACUAAAAUUUUGUUAUUUAAAUUUUAUAAAGUUUUAACAAUAAUGUCCCCAUAUAACACGUUGUACAUUUCCGCCGUAAGUUUUACUAUUAACGCAUUCAUUGAUGGCGCUUUGUGUAGUAGACUUUUAGCGGCUACAUUCCUUCAAAUCUGUCUAGAUUUAAAUAUUUAAAGAGAAUACAAUUCUUAAGACACUAUUUUGUAUGUGACCAGUUGUGUAUUUGUUAUGUUCUUGAUUGAUUUGAAUGUAACUUUUGAUGUCUAGUCGUAAGUAGAGUUUAGAUUCAAUCUUCGUAAAAGUUCAUAAUGUCAUAAUUAUAAGUUUUAUCGUUUGUUUUUGUUUGUACGAGUUAUCAAUAUAUAUUAGGGAGAAUAGUAAAAAGAAACAGUUACUCUAUACAUAUUUAUCAAGGUAUACUUUGUCUACUCGUAUGAAAAUCCUAUCCAGAUCCUGAAUAUUUACACCUGUGGGCCUAAUCAUAACAGAAUUUAAUGGUAGCUCAAAUUUAAUAUUUUUAUUUAUUGUUAAGCAUGAAUAAUUAUGUUUGAUGAUGAUUUUUUACUAUUGUUUAGUUACGUUUUCGUUUAUUUUAUAACUUGAGCAACAUGUACAUUGUUUUAAUAUCAAGUGUAAUAUUGUACUAAAUUUUACAAAGUUUUGAAAAAUAUGUGUGUGUUUUAUGUGUAUCGAUUUUUUGUAUAUAAUUUUAUCUAACUGCUCUAUAAAAAUAUAUCGAAACACAAGGUAAGAAAAUUGUACCUACCUACCAAUAAUAUAUUUAAAUACAAAUUAUUUGAUUUA